CGUCAAGAACUAAAGAAAGUCAGAACACGUACAAAGUUUCGGGCAAGGUUUCGAUCCGGGUUCCGGACCGACCCGCAGACAAAUGGUCACAUGACAUGACGUCAGCAACCGGUUGUCGAAAGCUUUUUGAAGAAAUUGAUGGCAGGAUUUUCUUCUUAACUAUUACCACCAUGCCUACAUCAUCCCCCAACGUGAAGGCUUCUCCUCACCGUUUGUCGCCGUCGCCGUGUGCACUGUCACCAUCAUCUAUCCCCUCGUCGCCCACGUCGGUACAGUCGUCGGAUUCGGCUAUUUUCGAGCGCGACAUCGAACCUACAGCACCACCUCCACAGCCUGUGCACCCCAAUCCUCACCGAAUACCCCGUGCCAAGAACACAGAGCUUUCUGUUCCUUCCGUCCUCGAUUCUGCUGCAGCGAUUCUAACAGAUUCGCACCCAGGAGAGACCGACGUGGAGGUACUUAGUCCUACCGCCAGUCCGCUGGUCAGCCAGAACCCGUCUCCACGAACCUCAAUGCUCCUUCCUGCAUCAUCAAUUACCCCACCUUCACCCACUGCUGUUGCUCGUGACCCCUCACCAUCUCCAUCAGCCAAUACAGCUGCGAAACGGUUAUCGUUUCUAUCCUACAGCGACCUACUUGCCUCGAAUCCGACAAAUACGGUCCCUUUGUCCUCGCUGACCACUGAACCGUCCACACCACCGCAUAUGCCGAGCUUGAUGGAUAGUGGCAGUCAGCGGUACAGCAAGUCCCAUUUCUCCUAGGAGCCGCACAACCAGUGUCGUCAAUGUGAAAGGUUAAACUUUUCUACUCUGCCCCACGCAUACUCCGCGCUGCCACCCAAAUUCAUCGUUUCUCUCCAUAUAGUCCAGGCCCAAGUAAUCUUUCUUUCGUGGUUUUAUUUCAAUGCAUGUUUUUGAUGUAUUUAUCUACCUAAUGCCUCCAGUUAUUUUAUACCUUAUGUACCAUAAAUGGACCUCUAUGAUAUAUAUUGCAUGCUUUCCUUCGUGAGCUAUCUUUAUGCAACUACAACCAUUCCUCUAGGCAGAUGAUGUCAAAUAUCGAAUUCAUCUAGCCUGAUAUUGAGCGCGCGAUGCAUAACUUCGAUGGAUCAAUCAUUUGUCCCGCUUAUAUCGGACGAGGGAUUCGGGGCAUAGCAUUGAAGGUGCGGUCAUUGGAGCUAGAGAGCGAGAAGAUGCAGAUCCCUCAGACAACCUGAUUCCAAAGAGAUCCAUAUCAAGGAACCA